AUGAACCGCAUCCCUAUUCCUCACAACUUCCAACAAUUAAAAGCUAUCUGCCAACUGCUAGCUAGCUAUACGCAACUCGGAAGGCGAGAUUUCCAUUCAAGAAAUUCCAUUUUUCAGCUUUUUAAUUGCCAUAGCUCUCUCUCCAAUCUCCUUUUGGCCAUUCCAAAAGAUUAG